AUGCAUUGCCCAAUUUGUCAUCACAGAGCGCAUGUAAUAUACUGUGCGCAUUGUAUUAAUACGAGCCCUAGUCUGUUGUUGAAAGUAAAAUUGGAUUUAAUCUCCUUGAAUGAUGAGAAUAAGGUGCUUAAUGAGAAGGUGGAACGCAUAUUAAACGAGGCUAUGAACUACGAUCGGAUAGAUGUCAAGUCAUUGGAGAAAAAGAAGGACCCCCUGACAUCUAGUCUCAUGAAGUUGGAUAUUUUACGAAUGAAAAAAAAUAACAACCGAAUUAAAUACAGGAUAGAACAGCUGAAUGAGCGGAUACAUAGUAGAAGGGAUCACAUUAGAAAAUUGAAACUAGAAAUAGACAACCAUGAGCGCUCUAAUGUGGGGGCUAGCACUACCAAAUUAAGAGAGCAAGCGGAUAUCAAUGAGGCGAAAAGAAAGUUGACCCAAGUAUCCAAGAUCUGUGAGUCAACUAAAAAUUACAAAAUCAAUUUGCUAAAUAAUUGGUUUGUCAUCCAAAAACUACAAGAUAAUUUUCAAAUACCCUUCGCUAUUGCCUUUCAACCAUUAAUAUCCUUGAAAAAUUUCCGCGUUUUACCUCUUGUAAUAACAAAUGAUUCCAUCAACACUAUGUGGAAGUAUGUUACUUUCUUUUCCGACAUUCUUAUCAUUAAACUCCCCUAUACCAACAACAGCAGUGAUCAGCCCGUGUUUGAGUCUUCCAAUGACACACAGACAGUAGUACAAAAAUUGAUCAAGCUGAUCAUAAAUAUUUUACAAAUAUGUAGACAUUUGAAACUCGUACCCUCAACACCCAUGGACAUUCCAUGGCUAUUGGACCAAUAUGAUGUGGAUGGACUGUUCUAUAACAUGGUCAAACGGAACAAGAUAAAGUGUAGGUCGGUCUCGCUAUACUGGACUUUUGGGAUGCUGUACUCCAUGGUUUUGGACCACUUAAACAAUCCACACAGAGGGCAUCCUGCAAGGCGGACCGCACCGGCUUCGGCUCUCACAGGACCUCAUGACCGAUGGUAUGUGGUGGGCUAG